ACAAGCCUGCUCCUGCUGGGCUACCCCACAGGGGUGGGACCAUGGCUGGUCCCACCCUGGCUGUGCGCUAUGGUCUGCCAUGGUCCCCAAUCUCUGGGACCGAGGUGCCUGGAUCCUGGCCCAACUGGCAUCUCACCAGCAGUGGUGUCGCCCACCACAUUAUCCCAUCUGUUCCCUUUCCCCCGCCCACUGUGCAGUCCACGGUCGCGGAGCCCCUGCCCCCGGCCGCAAAGCAGGAUUUACACAUCUGGGAUUUUGACGAGGUCAUCAGCAGAUGGGAGACCACCUAUGGCUCGGCUUCCGUGCCCAAGACCCUCGGCGGGCCCUACGCACAGCCCAGGGCCCCAGAGCCUUCGGACCCCACGCGGACUGUGGGGAUCAAGGAUUUAGGAGAAAAGCUCAGACGCCGCGGCUGGCGCCUCCCGCUGGUCACAGAGCACCAGUGCAGUGAGACGAGGGCUCAGUACAGCGGCCGGCCGGGCCCGGACCGGAGCCCCACCUUCUACGUCGGGCCCCAGCCCCUGGAGCUUGCGGGCCACCACCGCGGAGGCCCUUCCCAGGCUUUAAUCCCUUGGACGAAGAACCCCGAGCUGUCCGGCCAGCCUUUCACGGUAUCUGACCAGGGCGUCCUGGACCGCCAUCAGCUCUAUCUGACCACCUCGGCCAAGGACUUCCGGGCCUAUCCGAAGAAGGAGUUGUCUGGACAUCCCCGCAAGGACUCGCUGACCUGCUGGAGCUUUCAGAAGACGCCGCAGGUCUGGGGCCGGGACCCACAGCGGCCGCCCCGUCCGCGCUCCUCUCGGCCGCCAGGGAUCCGCGUGCCCCACGUCCGCCCGGCGACGCUAGCCGUGCCGCACCGUGGGGCGUUGUCUCUGGCUCAGGAGUCCUACAGACCCCCGCUGCACCCGCUCCUCCGGCUCGAUCGUUUCUGCCCUCUGGAGCUGCCCUGGGGCGGCCCCCACUGGAAGCCGGUGUCGGGCAUCUACAGCGUGCCACAAGCCUACCGCACUGAGAACUCCAGCUACGGCAGCUUGAAGCUGACCCCGAUCGGAGCCGGCAGCGCCGGCCCCGCCCAGAACACGCCCCCGGGCGGGGGCGGAGCCGAGUCUGGAAGACCCCCGGCUGGGGGGCACACUGGGCGGGGCUAUGGUCGGGAAGCCCGCCCAUCACGUGGGAGGGAGACGGAGGCCAGGACCCGCCCACUAGGCGUGAGCCGGACGAAUCCCACCGGAGACUGACUAGGGUGACCGGGUCGGGGACGAGGAUGGAUGCUGAGCCUGGAAAAUAUACUUUGGGGCUGUGGGCUCGCGGGCGGGACACGCCCUCUACGACAGAGCGGGCGGGUUUACCUUAGUCAACGACAGAGUUAAAAUAGCCUUAACCGUGCUCAUUGCUGGGUUCGGCUCCGGGGGCCCGAGUGUGCGGGAGAUGGGGCUCCCGCUCUACCCCUCGUGGAGGGAAGGCACGUCUGCGUACAGGUGGGACUCCGCCCCUGAGCACAGAAUCCAGUAUUGAAGCCACGCCCCCUCCGGGGUUAGGCUGUGGCACAGGAAUGGCUUUCAGUGUGUGGCAGAUGGAGUGGGGCUGAGGUCUGAGCCGAUCACCAUUCGAGGGUCCUUGAAGGGACAGCUCCAGCCUUCCCCUGGCUCCCACUCUGAGGGGCGGAGGCGGGGCUACGCCAUCGGGGGCAAGGCCAGGGUCUCCCCAUAGCCUAUUUCCUAUGAGCCCAACAGGACUUCGCUGGCACCUGACAUAGCAUCUGACGACUGAGUGAAGUCAGCUUCACCUUGGGCGCACCGAGAGGCAGGAGCCUCUCGGGGUGUGGGGGCAGGGGCCACUCCACUGAGCCACUCCCGCACACUUCCCUGACCUUUUCCGUUUCUCGCCCCCGGAAGGAUUAGUGUCCAGGUUACCCCAUCAUGCCGCCACCCCCAGUGGCCUUGCCGCCCCCACAGCCUGCAAGUAUAAGACCAGGUAAACAUCAUAGGGGAGGCACCCAGGAUGGAGAUGCUCCAGGUAAGGCUGUGGGGUCCCCGAGGCCCUUUGCAACUCCAUCCAGGUCACAGCUGGCACAGAGGGAGAGUCCUGUGACUUGAUGGAGGAGGCUUCUUUCUGGAAGGGUGUGGACAGCCAGCAGGCUUCCGGCCAGGAGGAAGCAGGUGGAACAGGGCCUGAGGGUGGGAAUCUGCGGGGUCGGGACGAUCUGGGGCUCCUGAGUAUUGGGGCAGGGGAUCCAAGUGGGAUGAAUGGGCCCUGAAUGGACGACGUCAGGCAGGGGAGCUGGGCCCCUGAACGGGUUCGUGUGAGGGAUGGGAGGGUGAGGGCCCAGGGUAUUGGUGUCUGGCAGGCCCUGAGACGCCGGCCUUG